UCCCUUCGCUCCCUGGCUUUCAGAAUCGCGGUUCAGGUCUUCUCCCUCACCUUCAUCCCCCUCACGGCUGCUCUGUGCUUGGGUGCGGAUCGCUAGCUAGGGUCUUCUUGGCUUGAGAAAUCUCGGUCCUUUCAGUCGUCAAGGAAGGUUGAGAGGCCAUGACACGGAAUUUAGCAGUAGCAGAUUAUAUUACAAGGAGCAUUUGAGUAGCUGAAAGAAUCACCUUCAAUGGAGCUUGAAGCCACUCCUGACGGUGAAGUAUUCAGCUCAAAUGAUGAGAUGCAGGAGUUGUGGCCUCUGGGAGAAGUAGACCCAAAGAAAGCAAGGUUUCCUUGUUGCAUUGUCUGGACUCCUCUCCCUGUAGUUUCUUGGCUGGCUCCCUACAUUGGGCAUGUGGGGAUUGCCCGGGAGGAUGGAACUGUCAUGGACUUUGCAGGUUCGAAUUUGGUGAGCGUAGAUGAUCUUGCUUAUGGUUCUGCGGCAAGAUGCCUUCAGCUUGAUAGGCAGAAGCUUUCAGAAUGCAGAGGGUGCCCGACUCUGUUCCACACCACAUCGCUGUUUCAUAUAUGCUGCUUCCCAGCCAACCUCGCGGAGCACGUGUGCGCGAGGUCCCACGAGCACUCGGAGGCCGGGACGGCGAUCUCGUGGGACGACGCGCUGCGGUCGGGGGCGCGGCGCUUCGAGCACAAGUGCUACAACCUCUUCACCUGCAACAGCCACUCCUUCGUGGCCGACUGCCUGAACCGGCUCGCCUACGGCGGCUCCGUGGGGUGGAACGUCCUGAACCUGGCGGCGCUCAUCUGGCUCCGCGGCCGCUGGCUGGACCGGGCGGCGGCCGUCCGGUCGUUCCUCCCGUUCGCCGCCGUCUCCUGCGUCGGCGUCCUCAUGGCCGGCUGGUCGUUCCUCCUGGGCAUGGCCGCGUUCUCGCUGCUGCUCCUCGGCUGGUUCGUGCUCGGCGUCUACUGCUUGAAGGGCCUCGUCGGCUGAACCGACACCGACUCGCACACAAUUAGCCGGGGAGGCAAACUGGGAGAGCCUGUUUUGAUAAAUGGCGACCGGGAUUUAAAUAUAUACAGUAAUUUUCAGAAACAUUUUAGAGCAAUCCUCCUCGUUCGAACAAAAUUACAUUGGUACAAACUAAAAAAGUGUGCUGAAAAAUACACUGACGUAGUGCUGUGUACAUCAUGAAUAGAGAGAGACGCAAUGAAGUUC